UGCAGGAUGUCGGCACCUAGCCACAUCGCGCUACGAGUCAAGCUGAAUCAAGACAAUUUGAGUUCAGCUGAGGAGAGAUCAAAUGAUAUCAUAACUCAACUGGGAGAGAUAUUCGAGGGAGGGAAAAAUGUCAGUUCUGCGAGCAAAGUUGAUCCAGUUAACAUUCACUCUGGAUCAACCAAUUAUUCUAUCCUGCCACAUCUUCAAAAAUUACCACACCCCACACCUCAACCCGCCGCUAAAGCAUCGCCCAAGACCACUCACUCUGAAGAGGAGCGGAGUGCAGAGGAGCAGAGUUAUACUGGACGUGGUGGAAACCACCAAAUGGUUACCAUCAAAGAGGAGGAACCUCAAUCACCAGUUGAUAAAGAACGAGAUGAAGUAGAGCGGCACAUUGAGAAAGUAAGCAUCGCCGCCCCACACCGCGCCCCCACCUCUCCUCUGUUCCCGGGGAUAUCACGUGCAGUUCCCCACACCCCCGAGCAGUGCAGCAGCUCUGAUUGCAUCCACAAAUUCGGUCCACAAACCAGGGACUGCAAGCAGCCAGAUUCUGACUCGUAUAACCUUAACGAGUCUCGAGCCGAGGAUUCUGCGGAGUCAGAAUGUGAAACUGAGAGUGUUCACAAGCCUGAGCCACGGCUGGUGUUUGAGGAUCCCAGGGGCUCGUGUGUACCGCGUCUUAACUUUGACAGUUUGCCAGGUAACCAGUCCGAUUCUGAGGGUUCCUCUGCAAGGUCAGAUAGUUUGGAGUAUUUGAAGAACAUUUUUGGUCCUUCGUCCCCGUAUCCUUUUAUCAAUCCUUACUACUUGUACAUGAACCACUUUCAUCCAAAUCAGUUCAUUUCACCACGACCACUGGACGCAACGCAGGGAAUAGUCCGACCCACCGCACAGUACACCCCACCAUUUUCUAUGCCACCAUUCUCUCCCAUCCCUAUACACUCACCCCUUCAAGUAACACCACCAAAUACAACCAAACCUCGAACAAAAAGAAAAUCUGUCUCGUCUGCAGCUGCCAAGGCUCCAAAACGACCACGCCCAGUUGAUACAGAGCCAAAGCCAUCAAGGCAACAACGUCUCGUGUCGUGCAAUACCACUGAUCUAAAUGGGGUGGCGUGCGACGAGAAGUUUCACUCUUCACAACAGUUAGUGUGCCACAUUGCCAACAUUCACAAGAAAGAAGCUGAGCAUGUUUGUAAAACAUGUGCUAAGUUUUCUCUGGAGAAGUUGAUGUCGUGGCGAAGAAGGAUUGAAAAUGAGAAGAUGAAGAAUAACUUGGGCCCUUCGCUGAGCAUGGCAGAGGGAAAGUUUGACAUCAUUAUGAUCGAUAAAUAGACAUGGAACGAUAAAAUACAAUAAAAAAUUAUAAUCUUACUCAUUAGUUUUAUCCUUUGCUUAUAUAUUAUUCAAAUAUCGUUAUUCCGAUAGACUUUCAUGAUAGACUUGUGAAAGUUCCUAAAGAUUAACCUAAGUUUAACGUUUGAUACUGUGUAUGAAGCUUCUAAUACUGGUAUACAGUUAUAAAUUAUGAAUAGAAGGCGUGUCUGAGUUUUUCCCGGAAAGUCGGCCCAGGAUUCCUGGCACCUAAUCAAACGAAGUCUUCCUGAUU